AACCAACCCAACAAAAAGGAAGAGGAAUGCUCUCUCUCUCUCUCCUACCUUUUCUCUGUGAUCAGCUGCUCCCUUUCUUCUCUCUCUACCCCCACCGACCCAAAGCUUUCUCUGUCUAUCUGAAUUACAGGGCUCUUCGAUGGAUCUUGCAGCAGAAGAGCUCCAAUUUCUAACCCUAAAAGACAUCGUCAAAGAAUCAGUGUCAAUCCCCAAAUCAUCUCCCAGAACCUUCUCUCUCAUAACCCUAACCCUCAUCUUUCCCCUCUCCUUUGCCAUCCUUGCCCACUCACUCUUCACCCACCCUCUCCUCAAGCAAAUCGAUACCCUAUCCCCGUCAGAUCCCCAAGCCCGCCAUGAAUGGACUCUCCUCCUCAUCUUCCAAUUCUGCUACCUUAUUUUCCUCUUCGCCUUCUCCCUCCUCUCCACCGCCGCCGUCGUCUUCACCGUGGCCUCUCUCUACACCUCCAAGCCUGUCUCCUUCACCUCCACCCUCUCCGCAAUUCCCCGCGUCUUCAGACGCCUCUUCAUCACCUUCAUCUACGUCUCCCUGCUCAUGAUCGUCUAUAACGUUGUCUUCGUCGCCGCCCUCGUUGCCCUCAUCAUUGCCAUCGAUACCCAGAACGCGCUUCUCUUCUUGUUCUCUCUCCUCGCCAUUUUCGCGCUCUUCCUCGUCGUUCACGUCUACAUUACUGCUCUCUGGCACCUCGCCAGCGUCAUUUCGGUGCUAGAACCAGUCUAUGGCUUUGCGGCGAUGAAGAAGAGUAGGGAAUUGCUGAAGGGGAAGACCCAGAUGGCCGCCGUGCUUGUUUUCGCCUACCUGUCCAUCUGCGGGGUGAUCGGGGGUGUUUUUGGAUCGAUUGUGGUUCACGGUGGGGACUACGGGGCGUUUGUUAGAAUUGUGGCUGGUGGAUUCUUGGUCGGAGUGUUGGUGAUUGUGAAUUUGGUUGGGCUGUUGGUUCAGAGUGUGUUUUACUAUGUCUGCAAGAGUUAUCAUCACCAGGGAAUUGACAAGAGCGCUUUGUAUGAUCAUCUUGGGGGUUAUCUUGGGGAGUAUGUUCCUCUGAAGAGUAGUAUUCAGAUGGAGAGCUUGGAGGCUUGAGGGAAGUGUUUGAUUUGGAUUUGUACCUUGUUAAAAUUAUAAUGGCAUUCUGUAAAGAAAAGAGAAAUGUUUUCAUUGAGUGUUAUUCUUGGAGGAUCACAUUCACAUCUAUCUUUUUCUGCAAUGACGAUUGAAUGAACUGGUUUAUUUUUA